CGCAGGCGCAACCUAGUGCACAGCGCUAGAUAUGUAGACAUGGCGGAGAGUGGUGUUGUGGUUGUAUACGAAAAGGAAUAAAAUGGUCGUGCAUCACACUGUUAGGCAUCAGGAAUGUCAGCACGACGAGGAUGGGAUCUAUUCUGGCGAAUGAACAGGAGAUCCUGUGCUUUGACCUUGCUUAUGUGUGCUGGGGUUCUUUACCUCUCAUACACCUUCAACUCCUGUCUUGUCACAAACUUGAAUCGAGCAAUUCGACAGCAACGGGCACAAGGGUUUCUGUCAUUUGUGGCAACAGCACCAAGGUCAGUCACAGCUGAACCUGAAGAGAAGCAGAUAGCAAAGCAAGAGGAACAGACUGUAGUGCGGGUGGUCCCACUCACCUGGACAGGUUUGACCGUAGGUAACGAGUCAAAUGGAGAACAACUGGAUGGCGCUCCUAAGUAUAGGUUCCUUCGCCAGCAAGGUUUACGUCCCAGCCGUAAGUUUCCAGAUGCCCUCAUCAUUGGUGUGAAGAAGGGUGGUACUAGAGCAUUGCUGGAAUUCAUACGUCUCCAUCCAGAUGUCCGUGCCGCAGGAUCUGAGGUUCAUUUCUUUGAUCGUUUUUACAGCAAAGGAUUUACUUGGUACAGACAUCACAUGCCUCCAACUUUGGAAGGUCAGGUGACAAUGGAGAAAACCCCAAGUUACUUUGUAACGAGGGAAGUUCCACAGAGAGUCCGUCAGAUGAAUCCUAACACCAAACUUUUGGUUGUGGUGAGAGACCCAGUUACCAGAGCUAUCUCUGAUUACACACAGGCAGCCAGCAAGAAGGCCGGCAUGCGCAGGUUUGAAGACUUGGCAUUCCUGAAUGGCAGUGGUGGUCUGGUAGACACGUCAUGGGGACCCGUUAAAAUUGGCGUAUAUGCUCGGCACUUAGAACGUUGGUUGCGAUGCUUUCCUUUGAAUCAGCUUUUGUUUGUCAGUGGCGAGAGACUUAUAGUAGAUCCAGCCGCAGAGAUGGCAAGAGUACAGGAUUUCUUGGGCCUGAAGAGAGUAGUUACUGAGAAACAUUUCUACUUCAACUCAACAAAAGGCUUUCCAUGUCUGAUGAAAUCUGAAGGUCGGUCUAGUCCACACUGCUUAGGAAAGACUAAGGGACGCAACCAUCCACAUAUUGACCCUGCUGCCAUUGAACGACUGAGAGAAUUCUACAGACCCUUCAAUGCCCGUUUCUACCAGCUUACAGGAAUUAACUUUGGCUGGCCUUGAAAUUGUGUAAGCAAGAACUUCAGGUAGGACAUCACUGGCAUCAGGUUUUCUCAUCAGUACCAGGAACCAUAUGUCAGUCAUUUCUCUUCUGACAUAAAAUAUUAUCUUUUGUAUCACAGUUAAUAAUUUUCUUCGUUUUGAGAAAGAAAAUCAUUGGAUUUUAAGAUAAGAAUUUACUGUUAAAUUUGUCUUAACUGUUCUUCCCUUGUAUUUCAAUUAAUAGGGUUAGACAUACUGAACCAAGAAAAUGGAUAUAUGCAAUGUUCUAGUCAUUUUUUGAUAUUGUAAGAUGAAGGGGUGAUGAAAUCACCUGACUGCUGUUAUAUGUGGAAGUCGUUAUCUAGCUGUGCCAAUUAAAAUUUAUUUUUGUCUUUUGUAUGUAAGUGCUCAUUCAGCAAUCUUGUAAAUAAACCGUAUAGUGGCAGAUGUGAUAUGUUCCGACCUUUAUACAUUUUGUUAUAUGUUGUAAAGGGCUUCUUUUCAGUUGAAAAUAAUUCUGAAAGAAAGCAGUCUUCUGGGAUUUGGCACCGUGUAUAUGU